AUGAAGUACAACGCCUUCGCCCUCCCUGCCCUCGCGGCCACCGCCGAGGCUCUGCUGUCCCUCAACGCGGACAUCAAGCUGCCCUUGGGCAUCGAGUUGCCCAUCAAUCUUGACAUUGGCCCUAAGGGUAACCCUCCCGAGGACUGCAUCGAUGUCUGGCACCCUCCUCACCAUGGCGUUGACAUGGAUGGCUGUGACCAUGAUGACGAUGAUGGUUGGCACUGGGUUCACCCCGGAAAGCCCAAUCAUCCCGGCCAGGGCGAGUAUGUCUGGACUACCAAGACUAUCACUCAUGUCAACACCGUCGUUGACUGCCCGACCAAUGUCCCUCACUGCCCUGGUCGCUACGCCUCGGUCGUGGUCCCUGAGACGACCACCAUCUACCCCGUUCCUGUCAAGACGGGUUACACGGGUCCAGGCAAGGACAAGGUAUACCCUCAACCUCACCAGACCAAGGGAUACCCUCAGCCUACUCAGGCAAAGGUCUAUCCCCAGCCUGAGAAGCCCGUCACGUACCCUCAGCACACCGAAUCCAAUGGCUACGAGCCAGCUGCCCCAUACUACCCCCCUGCUGAGACGGAUGAUUGUCCCGAGUCUGUCGAAACCGAGGUUUAUCAUCAGCCUAGCAAGAACACCGGAUACCCUUACUCUGGACAAGGAAACGCUUAUCCUCAGCCAAGGAGCUACGAGUACCCCGUGCCUGGCGAGACGGACGAGUACCCUGAGCCUGCCGAGACUGAGGAGUACCCCCAGCCUGCUGUGACCAGCGAGAUCGAAGAGUACCCCGAGCCCCAAGAAACUGAGGAGUACCACGAGCCCGAGGAGACGGCUGAGUACCCUGAGCCUGUUGACACGGAGUAUCCUGAGCCCAGCGAGACCAACGAAUACCCUGAGCCUACCAAGGGCUACCCCGUGACUUCUGAGGAGCCCAUCUACCCUCACCCCGCCGAGACUACUCCUUGCCCGUCCGACAAGGCGACCAAGCCCGUCUACAGCUCUCCUCAGCCCCCCGCCGAGACCUCUGCCGAGCCUGAGCACCCUACCUACGAGAAGCCCGGAUACACUGCUGAGGAGACCUCUACUCCCGUUGAGCACCCCGUGUACACCAAGUCUGUCCCUGCUGAGAAGCCCACUUAUCCUGCCGUCGAGACGCCUGUGUACACCCCCGAGCAGCCUGCCCCUACCGGCGACAAGCCUGGUUACGUCCCUGAGGCCCCUGAGACUCCUUCUGGCGAGGAGACUUACACUCCUCCCGCUGGACAGCCCGAGUACCCCAUCCACCCUUCUCCUUCUGCCGAGACUGGUGCCUACCCUCCUCCUCCUCCCGGCAGCCCUACUACUGAGGUUCCCGUCUACUGCCCCGGCCCUGGCUGCCCCGCACCCACCACUGUUGGCACCAUCAAGACUCCUGGCUACGCUACCCCUACUGCGCCCGUUGUCGUCGGUGCUGCCGUUCGAAGCGGUUACGGUAUCGCUGGAGCUGUUGCCGUCGCUGCUGCCGCCGCUGUUGCUCUCUUCUAG